UGCCUGCUGGGUUAUGGGUAGGGCCCUCUCCACUAGCCACCAAUGGAAACCUGUCCUGUGGUCAAGUGGGACCUGGCCCCAAAAGCCAGUGGCUCCACAAGUGAACACCAGUGCCUGCCACAAGCUCCCAGCCCUGGCUGUUUUAUCUGCAUGCUCUGGGCCCUGGGCUCCUGCCAUGGUUGGUAAGGCUGCAUUUUUCUGUGCCUAGCAGGAGAAAUGGGGAAAGAGUGCAUGGUCUUCAGUGACAAUGUCUUUGUUGAUGUCAAUGCUGCAGAAGGAUACAAAUGGUUCUGUUGUUCUCAGCCCCGGAAGGGAGGGCUGUGAAUGAGCUCUCUGUGCGGCUUGAAGUGGGAGGAGGGACAAGCCAGGGAGCCAGCUAGGGUGAUGGUGAGAGUUCAUUCUCGGGACAGUCUCCCUCCAGGAGAUGGUGGGAGGGUCCAGCCCCAGCUCCACACCUGGGAGGAGAGUCUGAGAUCCUGGAGAUAGCAGGCACCAUUGGAAAGAAACUGCCUGCUCCAAAGUCCCAAGCUGAUGGCAUGGCCCUGGCACCGUGGAGUUGGCAUAGGGAAGGUGGCCACGACUUCUAGGGAGGGCUGAGCUGCCUUGUAAGAGCUGGCACUGGGAUAGCUGCCCAGGAGAUUCCAUGUUGAAGCAGCAUCGCAACGCCCUUUGCGUGCAGUCUGGUCCGACUGAGCCCUGGAAGAAAAGGGAAGUUUGCAGAGAGGAGCUUAAGCCAAGGAAAAGAGAGAGAAGCUUCAGCGAUGACUUGAUCACAGCCUAUAAAUAGCUACAUGGGGAAUAAAUAUUUAACAAUGGGAUCUUCAGUCUAGCACACAAAGGUCUAACAUGAUCCAAUGGCUGGAAGUUGAAGCUAGACAAAUUCCGACUGAAAAAAAGGUGGCCGCAAUGCUGCAGAAGAAGAAGCACUGGAGGUCCAUGUGCAAGGGGCUUGUUCUGGGAACUGUCCUGACCAGCUUCAUGCUGCUGCUGUACUCCUACAUCAUUCCCCCUCUGCAAGUCAGCAUGAUGGACAUUCCUAUCCCUUACUCCUGCUCCUCCUAUCCUGCCCAGGCCAGGGUGCCAGGUGUGGUGAACAGCACCCACAGUCCCCUGGGGCAAGGGUGUCUGCCCAAGCUGGACAUCAUGUUCAUGAAGACACACAAGACAGCCAGCAGCACCAUCCUAAACAUACUCUUCCGCUUCGGUGAGAAGCACCGCCUCAAGUUCGCCUUCCCCAAUGGCCGCAAUGACUUCUACUACCCCUCCUACUUCGAACGCAGCCAGGUCCAGGACUACCAGCCCGGCAUGUGCUUCAACAUCAUCUGCAACCACAUGCGCUUCCAGUACCAGGAGGUGCGCAAGCUACUGCCGGCUGACACCAUCUUUCUGACAGUGCUGCGUGACCCUGCCUACCUCUUCGAGUCCUCCUUCCACUACUUUGGGCGCAUCAUCCCCCUCACCUGGAAGCUGCAAGGUGAGGACAAGCUGGCAGAAUUCCUCCGUGACCCAUGGCACUACUAUGACCCUAACGGGUUCAACGCUCACUACCUCCAGAACCUGCUCUUCUUUGACCUGGGCUAUGACAACAACAUGAAUGCCAACAGCCCCUUGGUGGACCAGUACAUCCAGGAGAUCAACCAACAUUUCCAUCUGGUCAUGCUGUUGGAGUACUUUGAUGAGUCCCUAGUGCUCCUGAAGGACCUGCUGUGCUGGGAGCUGGAGGACGUCCUCUACUUCAAGCUCAAUGCCCGCAAGGACUCCACUGUCUCCAAGCUGACAGGUGAGCUCUAUGAGAAGGCCACCUACUGGAACCUCAUUGACACCAAGCUCUACCGCUACUUCAAUGCCACCUUCUGGCGCAAGGUGGAGGCCUAUGGGUGGGAGCGAAUGGCCAGGGAUGUGGCCGAGCUGCACCGGGAGAAUGAGAAGAUGAAGAGCAUCUGCAUCGAUGGAGGGCGCCCUGUGGAUGCCAACGCCAUCCAGGAGUCCUCCAUGCAGCCAUGGCAGCCGUUGGGCCAGAAGUCCAUCCUGGGUUACAAUUUGAAGAAGAAGAUCAACAAGAAGCACCGGAAGCUGUGCCGCAAGAUGCUGACACCUGAGAUCCAGUACCUGACUGACCUGGGAGUCAACCUCUGGAUCACCAAGCUCUGGAGCCACGUGCGGGAGUUCUUAAAGUGGUAACAUGUGAACUGCAGCUGUUCCCAACUCCCUCCCCUCCGCUGCCCUCAUCCUCACCCAAGAGGAGAACCAAGUGCUUUCAUUUUCGUUUCUUCCUUAUGUCUGUUGGCUGGAUGCAGGACAUGACAUGUCGUCAACAAGCAGAACUGACUUGAGGCUCCAACAUGGAAUAUUGCUUUUCACAAUGUGUUUUCUUCUUGCUUCUAUUUGAAAGUAAUGGGGGCACCGUCUGUGGCAGUGGGAUCCCAGCCUGGGUACCUCACUCAUGUUAAUAGCAGUAUACCUGUCACAGCGUAAACAGGAGACAAGAUAUGGAGUUGCAAGUGUGUGUGUUUGUUUGUACUGAUGACUGGUUUUGUGUGCUGCACACUGAUGGGUGUAUGCUUUAAUGUGUGUGCUUUACUCCAGCUGCAAGAAUGUGUGUGCAAUGCAUUGCAAUGUGCGAAGGAAUCUCGGGGUUGGGAGGUAUGUCAGAUAUGUUAUACUGUAUAUUCUGGGUGUGAGUGCGCUUGUGAACCACACAUUACUCUGUGUGUGUGUAAAUAGUACAUGACAGUGAACACUGGUAUUAAUGGGGGUGUGGUCAGUAUAUUUGCUGGUGGUUGCAGGGGGAGCCUUAGCCUGUUACAUUACAGGAUUCUCUGUGUGUGUGAGAGAUUGAUCUGUUCACACAACAAAUACAAAGUGUAACAGUACUCUGCAACAAACAUUGGUCUCUCUAGGUGUGUCACUAUGUCACUGUGUGUAUUUCAGUGUGUGCAGGGUGUACAUACAGGAAUCUGUGCAUGGUUGACAUGUGGUGGCUGUGUACAAUACCGUACAGUGAAUAUCCAGAUCUUGUGUAGGGGAUGUAAGAGAUGGAUGUAUUACAGUGUGUGUGUGUGUGUGUGUGUGAGAGAGAGAGAGAGAGACCAACCUGUUAUCGGGUGUAUGGGGAUCUGCGUGCAUAUUUCACUCAGUAUGUGUGAAUCUGACCAGCCUGUUUGCCUGCAUAUCUGUUUAGAGCUGCACAAGUCACACUAUGGCUGAUAUACCAGACAAUACUCAGUACUCUCUGUCCAUUCUAGAGACAGCCAUUUGCACUGAUUCACACUGGCCUAGAGACUGUCAGUUCCAUGUAGACCACAUACAGUCUGUGUGUGAAAGUCAAUAUGUGUCUACAUGCUGGUUUUUAUCUGCAUCAGAGGGCUUAGUUGGCCACAACAGUCUUCAGCCUGCACUGACUCAGACCAGUCCAUAUAUGGGAAAUAACAACCAAGGCAGCGGUCCUUAAAUACAUUAAGACGGCCAACGUGUCACAUUUAAUCAAACUAGUUCUCCCAUAGCACUGAUUUUGAACAGGCUAUGCAUGAUUCAUACUACUCCAAGUGGUAGAUAUUACCAGCUCAAGCUGCACCUAACUCAACCUCCAUGUACGUGUUUUUAUGGUGUUCAGUGAGCUCAGACAGUCUGUAGUUGACCAUGGGUCCUUAUAACACAUUAUUGACUAGCAGCCAGCAAAAUGACUAUAUUGUUUGAAGCAGCAUCAACACUUGAGUUUCAGGCAUGUAUAAAAACCCCACUACACAAGCCUUCUGUGGGUUUGUUUGUGGUCCUUGAAUUUCUAACCAGCCUGGCAGGUUCAAAAGAAAACAAGAGAGUCUUUUCAGGGUGUCUGCCAACCAAAUCCCAGCCUCCAGCAGCUGUUGCCUGUGGAGGUUUCACUGCAUGAACCUGGCCACUGUCAGAUCCUUUGCUGCAGGGUCUCAUGCCUACGGCUGGAUACUGGAUGGUAGGUUUCCACUGUAACCCAUAGCUCCAGUCGCCAUGUGUGUAUCAUUCCCUGAGCCACCAUGGGCUCAGUGCUCCAAGCUUCCUGUCUUCCUGUUGGACCAUGGCUGGUUGGCUCCCAGCAGAGCAGAGUGUGUUCUCUUCCUGCCCCCACACCACCAGUUCGAGGGUCCCAUGGUGCCCCUCCCUAGAGGGGACGCUGGGUGUGAGCCACGAGACCUGGUGAGAACUGGUGGGGGUACAGGAGGGCUUGGGAGAGAGGCUGAGGGGGCAGGACAGCAUGUUCCCUGCUUUCUCUUCUUGCUUUGAGGCUUGGCUGGGGUGGGGAGUCCAGAGGGGAAGAGGGAACAGGAGACAAGCUCCCAACAGCUGCCAUGCUUGUGACCCCUCACAAUGAGCCCCCCGCUAGCCCUGCAGCCACUGCACCUCUCUUCAGGAGAAUGGGACAAAGCCGAAGGGCAAGGGGACCCAACCAGGGUGUUUAGUAUGAGGGCGAUCAGCCUGGGAGGCACUGGGCUGAGCAGCAGCCAUCAUGGAUGUGUUAGGAGGGAGCCAGCGAGCAGGGAGGGGCCCCAGGGCUGUGCAGCUAGGAGGCACAGUUCAUCGGGCUACACAGGGAGUAACCAAAGCACCAGGCCUGGAAAGGGAUGGAAGCAACCCAGCUGCACAGAGGCAAGGAGGGAGGGUGGCGAGAGCAGACUGAGGGCAGACCUUUCAGGGAGCACUGUUUGAAGAGGGGAAGGGUUGGGGGAGUCCCCGCUUGGCACUGAAUCCCCCAGCUUUAUGGCCCACCUGCCACCAUGAGCUUGGACUCUGGGAAUGCAGCAGCCAGAGACUCCCUGGCAGUAGGGGAGGGGGACAAGAUUCCAGCCGCCCCCCAGCAACACCAGGAAUUUCCAGCAGGGGAGAACUUGCCUGUCCUGCAUUUGCAGCCCAGGGCCCUCCGCCCCCAUCCCAUGGACUCAGCCUCCCAUGGCCUUGGGGGAGCUGGGGUGGCCAUAUGCCACUCGGUUCACACCCAGGGGCAGCAGUUCGUGGAGUGACAGGAGGCCCAGUGAGAGCAGGGAAAGCGCUAAAGGCUUCUCCCCCCGCAGCCCAUAUGCGGCUGCUGGCAAAGGGGUCCUCUGCUGAAUCUGCAGCCCAGGGUGCUCCAGAGGGGGCACGGUGGGGAUUGGGGUGCGGUGGCGUGUGGCAUCAGCAGAGGAGCUGGUUGCAGGUGGCUGGAAGAUGAGAGCUGGGGUGAUGCCCCCACCCCCAAAGAUACCUGCUUGGAGCAUAGGCCCCAGGUUCACAGGGCUGCACAAGAGAGAGACUUGCCUCACAGACAGGGCUUGGGGGAUAUGUUAGAGUGAGAGCAGGCAGCUUGUGGGAAGGCUGGUCCCUGUCUCUCCCCUGUGAGUGGACUCCAGGAGGCAGCAGCUGGUCAUGUGCCCCGUCAGCCCUGCCCCAGUCCUUAGUUCUCAGCACCGUCUCCAGGGCUGCGGCGGGAGCCUAAGGGCAACCCCUAACUGGCAUACAGUGGAGCAGAGUACGAUGCCGCAUCCUCGGGGUGGCCUAUGGGAUGGCAGUGCCAGCACGCCCUGCUCUGUCUUUGAAGAUGCUCAGAUGCAGAAGGAGCCACGCAGGCAGGGAUCUGUGGUCCUUGUGCACCGCCCGCAUGUUUUAAAGCGGAAGGUAACCCCAGACCUUGCUGUCAAACGGCCUCCUUCCUCUCCCGGCUGUAGCCGUUGGGUGCCAUCGAUACUCCUUGGUGGGAGGGUGUCUAACGUUCUGCUCUGCUUGGAAAGACAGGGAAUAAAAUGAUCAUUUUGUAUGACAAUUAUACUGUAUAUUUGACAGUUUUUAAUAUAUGAACCGUUCAGCUGU